UGACGCUUCUUGAAAAAGACGCUCCGGUGUGGUUAAUUAAAACCGAGUGAUAAUUAAUAAUUAAUCAGCGGCGACUCGGAGGGCGAUGCCCGGCGUCAACAAGGUGGGAGUGAUCUGUGCGGAUGGAUUUGAUGCUGAAAACAAGAGGAAAGAUGGAGGAGGGAGGAGCGGCGCUGUGGUGGAGGUAGUCGGGACGGUGCUGACGCUGCUGUCCGUGGCCUUCAUCAUCUUCACCUUCCCCCUCACAGCCUGGAUGUGUGCUAAGGUCGUUCAGGAGUAUGAGAGAGCCGUCAUCUUCAGACUGGGUCGAGUGGUUAAAGGACGAGCCAAAGGACCAGGUCUGUUGUGGUUCAUCCCCUGGCUGGACGUCAUUCAGAAAGUCGACCUGCGGACCGUCUCCUUUAACAUCCGGCCACAAGAGGUCCUGACUGCAGACGGGGUUCCGGUAAAGGUGGACGCCGUCGUGUUUUACCGGGUGGUGGACCCGUCUCUCUGGGUGACGCGGGUGAAAAAUGGCUACGCGGCCACACACUCGCUGGCCCAGACGACGCUGAGGGCGACGCUGGGGGCUCACACACUGACGGACGUGCUGACACAGAGGAGAGGCAUCACAGUGAGGAUGGAGAAGGUGCUGUACGCUGCAACCAGAGUGUGGGGCGUUCAGGUGGAGCGGGUGGAGCUCAAGGACCUGGCGCUUCCUGUCACUCUGCAGCGCUGCAUGGCGUCAGAGGCGGAGGCUGCCAGGAAUGCCAGGGCUAAGAUGAUUGUGGCCGAAGGGGAAGCGAAGGCGUCUCGUGCUUUAAUGGAGGCGGCGUCAGGGUUUUCCCCCGUGGCUUUCCACCUCCGAUACCUCCAGUCUUUGUCGUCUGUGUCCAGCAGUGCAUCCGUCGUGGUCUUCUCCCUCCCCACAGAACUCCUGGACGUGUUCAUCUCCCAUCAGGCCUUGCUCUCCACAAACUACACCACCUGAGGAUGUGAAAGCUGAAUUAUGUGAAAAAACCAAAGGAACAAACCAAAGAAACAAACAAAAGUUCAUUAGCUUGUUAACUGUGUCUUUGGUAAGAUGUUUUAAUUCUCUGUUGCUGCUAAAUUGAGUGUACAUUUGUGAUUAUUUGCACAUAUAUAAACUGUAAAUGUGUCUCAGUUGCUCGGUUAAUAAAAGUGAUUUUUAUAUUAA